GAAAAUUCUUUUCUUAAAUUUAAAAAUGACAUCAUUGAAAUAUUAAAAGAUAAUUUUGAAAUUAAUGAAUAUUUUGAUUCUAAAAUAAUUUCGAAUGAUCGUGACAAAGAUAUAAUGAUUUCAAAAGAAGGUAUUGAAAUUUUGAUCACGUGUAAAUACAGACCAGUUAAAAAUAUUCGAUUUUCUGAUAUUGAAAGAACUGCUGCAGCUAGCAAACUCUACAAAGUUCAAGGUGUUAUUGUUACCAAUCUUGGAUAUAGUGAAAAAGCUAAAAAAAUUGCAAAAGAAUAUAAGAUUUUAUUAACUCAAAAAUCUGAUAUUAAACAUAAAUUAGUUUUUUAUAUUAAAAAAGUGAUUGAAGAAAAAGAAUUAGAUAUCUUGGAAGAUAUCGAAAAAGAAGAAAAUAUUUGUCUUUAU